AUGGCUUCCUCUGACACUAACUUCCCCCAAUUCCCUCCCCCACCACCCCCGGCAGGAAAACCCCCGCCCCCUCCACCGCCUCACAUCCUCCCUCCUCCGCCUCCCCACAUCACUCCCCCACCACCUCCACCAUCACCGGACAACGGUCCGACUGUCAUAGUCAUAAUCUUCAUCUCAUGUGGCGGUAUCUUUUUCCUUGCAUUCCUCGCUAUUGCUAUCUACUGCUUCAUCAAGAAAACAAAGAAGGAGGUUCAAGAAACUGACAUUAUACAUGUCGAUGAACACUUGAAGGUGAAGGAGGGUAUAGUGCAAGGCCCCCACGGAGCGGAAGCGGUAGUGCUAUCGUUGGAGGAUGAUGUGCAUGUUGUGGAAGAGAUAAAGAAAAAUGAGAUGUUUGUUGAAGGAAAGCAUGUUAAAUCAACAGACGAGAUUUCUAGUGCCCUUGAGGAAGGCACAUCCACUUCGAGUUCAAGGCAGCACGACCAUCUGGAGCACAGGCUCUAG